UGUGACCGUGUACCAUUUGACUAUGUCAUGACCAAAGCACCCCUGGUUACUUACAAAAUUCUCAACCUGACAUGUCUGUCUGUAACUGUAGUAAACGUCGAUGUAUUCAGACAAUCAGAUGCUUUGUUGAUUCAGAACAAAGUUGGGACUCUCUAUCUCAUAAUCCUUAUCAGAUGUUCUCUUUUUACAAGUUGGGAAAGAUUUGAUAGUACAACUUGCUGUGCCACCAAUCCAUGUUGCAUAGAAAAUCCCAUUAUUAGAGUUAAUGCCCACAUACAUUCCCACUUUGGAGCAGCCAAUUCAUGCAAAGUACCAAUCUUUGACACAUUUGGAGGAUCUGAGGAUGGGGUUCUCAAUGGUGGGUUCAUUGGGUUCUCAGAUUUGGGCGAGAAAUUCUCAUCAAAGGAAGUUAAAGUUUGAAUCUUUUAGUCACAGGAGGAAACAUACCCUAGAUUUCAACUUCUCAAAGCAUCGGUCUCAUCCGGCAAAGAUUUGGUUGAGCAAGCGUGAUGCAUUUGAAUUUGAGGAGAGAACAAGCCCAAAUGAGGUCAGAAAAGAGAUACAGCAAUGCUAUGAACUCAUACACAGACUUGGGAGGGGAGUCGUGUAUUUGGGUUCUUCAAGGAUGGGACCUGCUCAUUCUCAUUACCUGCAAACGCAAGAGUUGGGUAGAGAGAUUGCAAAUCUUUUGGACUGCACUUCAUGGAGUGGGGUUGGCCCUGGGUUAAUGGAUGCUGCUACUAAAGGUGCUUUGCAAGCGGGGAAACCAGUGGGUGGGUUUAAGAUAGGUAAAGAAGCUGGUGAAUGGACAGCCUCAAAUUUUCAUCCAUAUCUACCUCCAGAAACUUACCUUACUUGCAGGUUUUUUUCUGCAAGGAAGCAUGGGUUGGUGGAUGCUAUAGUUAGGAGCAGUAGUUCUGAUAGAACUGCCGUUGUUGCUCUUCCUGGUGGUAUUGGUACACUAGAUGAGGUGUUUGAGAUAUUAGCAUUAAUUCAACUGGGACGGAUAGGAUCAAAGCUUCCUGUACCCCUCCUUUUAAUGAACUAUGACUCAUUCUACUCAAAGUUAUUAGACUUUCUUGAUGAUUGUGAGGGUUGGGGUACAGUUUCCAAAGGAGAGGUUGCAUCACUAUGGACGGUUUGCGACAAUAACUCAGAGGCUUUGACUUAUUUAGCAGAAUUUUAUAAUCUCCCUCUUAGUGACAAAGAUAAACAUGGAACUGAACUGCAAAGAAAUUUAGAACCAUUAACUGAUUGACAUUCUUUUCAAAACGGACCACGAACAAUAUGGUUAUAGGAUAGAUCAGAUUCAUCAGAAUAUGGCAAAAAGAAUAACUGUUUACGUUAGAAGUUAGAACUAGCUGUGAGAAAUGAGAACAAUACCAAAGCAACUAGUCAUGCCAAGACACGCAAAGAAAGCAAAUACCAAAAAUUCUGUAAAAACUUGUGCACUCAAGUCUUUGAAGAGAAAUAUGGAUAGUGUUUACAGCUCUUAAAAAAUGUAUACUUAAUAUAGUCCUUUGAUGGAGGACGCAAGCAAUUUAUAAUUAUAGGUACUUC